AAACCCCAAGAAAGGAAAAACUAUCCACCAAAUCAAAACUACUGCAUUUCACUUUCUCAUACCAUUUGUGUUGUGCUUGUGACCAAAUUAACUUACCAAAGAAGAUGGAAGAAACAACAACUACAGUAGUGAUGUAUCCAGCACCAGGUAUAGGUCACAUAAUUUCAAUGGUAGAAUUAGCCAAACUUCUCAUUCAUCAUCAACAACAAAACUUCUCCGUCACAAUCCUUCUCACCACUGGCUUCUUCGACAAUCCAUCAACUGAUUCUUACAUAAACCGCAUCUCAACCUCUCACCCUUCAAUCACCUUCCACCGUUUCCCUUCCGUCACUGCACUCAUUCAAUCCAACACACAAAGCUUAGCCGCAACCGGAUUCAAAUUCAUUAAAUCAAACAACGUCAACGUCGAAUCUAAACUCCGUCAAAUCUCUCAAACCUCUGUCAUCAAAUCCUUUAUCAUCGACCUCUUCUGCACUUCUGCAAUGGACAUAGCUUCCGCAAUGGAAAUCCCCGUUUACUACUUCUUCAAAUCAGAUGAAGCAACGGACAGCGAAGAUUGCUUAUCAUGGCUAGAUAAACAACCGAGUAGAACCGUAGUGUACUUGUGUUUUGGGAGCCGUGGUUCGUUCUCGAUGGCACAGUUGAAGGAAAUAGCUGAAGGGUUAGAGAGGAGUGGACACAGAUUCUUAUGGGUUGUCAAGAGGCCAAUACAAGAACAUCUUGAAAAGAAUCAAGUUCAUGGUAAAACCGGGGAGUUUGAGUUGAGUUCUGUUUUGCCAAGUGGGUUUAUAGAGAGAACCAAAGAGAGGGGCCUGGUGGUAAGGUCAUGGGCUCCGCAAGUUGAGGUGCUGAGCCGCGAAUCAGUCGGGGGGUUUGUGAGUCACUGCGGCUGGAACUCGGUGCUUGAAGGAGUGGUGGCUGGAGUGCCAAUGGUUGCAUGGCCAUUGUAUGCAGAGCAGCAUGUUAAUAGGAAUGUGAUGGUGGAGGACAUGAAGGUGGCUAUCGCGGUGGAGCAAAGGGAAGGAGAUAUGUUUGUGAGAGGAGAAGAAGUGGAGAAGAGGGUAAGAGAGUUGAUGGAGUCUGAGAGAGGGAGAGAGAUAAGGGAGAGAAGUUUGAAGUUCAAAGACAUAGCUAGGGAUGCACUUGGAGAAUUUGGAUCAUCCACAAAAGCACUUUCCAAUUUGGUUCAAACAUGGAAUGAUAAUUAAUUCCUUUGUGCCAAUGUGGAAGGUAAAUUUUUAUUUGAAUUGUGGUUGCUUUUUAAGUUUUAUGUUA